CGCUUCACCGUAGUUCAUGUUUCUGCGUGGUAAGCAGGUGGUUACGCCACGACAAUAGUACCGGAGCUCUGAAGCGGCAGCAUCGCGGUCUUCUCAGCGCGCGGUCCCACCACGUUCAGCAUCCGGCUGGGUCCAACUUGGCGGGUGCGGCGCACUCAUAUUAACGCGUCAGCGCAAAUUUAAACGUUGUUGUUUUAGUGCUAAAAUAACCAUUUUAUACAAUCACCGUGGAUGAAAUCUAAAAAUAAUAAGUAAUGAACAGUUACACGGAAGUGGUUUUUCCCUCGCCGUUUAUUUGCUCUUUUGAUCAUAUUUGCCAUCGCAAAAUUCAGUAACCUACUCAGGAAACCUACAUGCUGUUUUCGUUGUUAAUUUGAAGUGAUCGACCGAGACUAGACGCGAUAUUUGGAGAACAAUGAGUCGCGUCAACACCGUGCGGAACCAUGUUCUGUAGCUUGUUCUCACCGGAAGUUCGGAGGUGGCGCUAAACGCGACCUCUACAAGCCGCAGUUUUGCUGUCGAUUUCACGUGUUUCCAGCUGCAGCGAGUGCGAGACGCGAAUCGUCACAGCACGGAACAGCGCGUCAGGUGUGUUGUCGACCGUACGUCCGUCUGGAAACCCUGAACCUCCGGUGCAGUGACGUCACAGGGCCGAGCCCCGCAUCAUGGCGGUCCAGGUGUCAGAGACGGAGCAGAUCAAACAGUUUAAAGAGUUUCUGGGGACGUACAACAAAGUGACGGAGAGCUGCUUCAUGGACUGCAUCAGGGAUUUCACCAGCCGGGAGGUGAAGGCAGACGAGUCCAGCUGCUCGGAGAACUGCCUGCAGAAGUACCUGAAGAUGACGCAGCGGAUCUCCAUGCGCUUCCAGGAGUAUCACAUCCAGCAGAACGAGGCGCUGGCAGCCAAGGCCGGACUCCUGGCUCCGCCCAGAUGAGCCUUUCCCAGAAGUCCUGUAACGUGGGUCUCUUUUCUGCUGAAUUAAAGUGCUUUUAUUUAC